AUGUCGCACGAGUACUACACGAACAACAAUGCAGAUGGCAUCGGUGACCGGGGUGUGUCUGAAGGAGUAGACGCAAUCGGUGACCGGGGUGUGUCUGAAGGAGAAGACACAAUCGGUGACCGCUGUACGCAAUCGGUGACCGGGGUGUGUCUGAAGGAGAAGACACAAUCGGUGACCGCUGUGUCUGAAGGAAUAGACACAAUCGGUGACCGCGGUGUGUCUGAAGGAGUAGACACAAUCGAUGACCGUGAUGUGUCUGAUGGAGUAGACACAAUCGAUGACCACGAUGUGUCUGAAGGAGUAGAUACAAUCGAUAACCGCAAUGUGUCUGAAGGAGUAGAUAUAAUCGGUGACCGGGGUGUGUCUGAAGGAGAAGACACAAUCGAUGAACGCAAUGUGUCUGAUGGAGAAGACACAAUCGAUGACCGCGGUGUGUCUGAUGGAGUAGAUACAAUGGAUGACCGCAAUAUGUCUGAAGGAGUAGAUACAAUCGGUGACCGGGGUGUGUCUGAAGGAGUAGACACAAUCGAUGACCGCAAUGUGUCUGAAGGAGUAGAUACAAACGAUGAUCGCGAUGUGUCUUAA